GCUUUAAUCUAAAUAUGCAGCUCUUAUGUGGAUUCAGAAUAUAGUUGUGUCAAAAGGUUAAAUCCCACAUGACCUGUGAAUGUGGUCCAGAGGCCUGCAGCAUGUCAAAGAAUACCAGCAAAAAUGCAAUAGACAACCUGAAUUUCUUAAAGGGAAUGCAACAGAAAUUUUUCUCUUUCAUAUAGCUGGACAACUUGGCUACAUGCUUUUGACCUCCGGUUAAUUUAAUGGAGAUCUGCCUGUCAGGAUAUCAGUUGACUUUAUAAAUCUUGAACCUUUGUCACAAAUGUGCCUUUGAACUUACAGCAAAACAUUUUAUUGUUUAGAAAACUCAACUAUUAAAAAAAAUAACCAUUGAAGAAUCAUGUCCAAAAACUUGGAGAUCAUCAAUUUAUCAUUUUUGUUGGAGCAUGAGAGGGAAAUGAUAAUGGGCGUCUUGAAGAGAGAUGAAUAUCUGAAAAGAGUUGAGGAUAAAAGGAUAAGGAAACUGAAAAACGAGCUGUUAGAAGUGAAAAGGAAAGGUGGAAACCGUCACCGCCAGCAACAGAGCAGCAGGGUCUGUGUUCGUUGUCAGAAAAACCUGGGCUUAAUCUUCGACAGGGGGGACUUGUGCCAAACAUGCAGACUCAGAGUUUGCAGCAAGUGCCGUGUCAUGGGAAUUGAUGGGAGCUGGAAGUGCGCAGUGUGUGACAAGAUUGCACAACUGAGGAUAGUGACAGGGGAAUGGUUUUUUGAAGAGAGGGCCAAGCGCUACAAGCAGUCCAACAUCCUUGGAACUGAUGUUGUCAGACAGUCCAUCCUACGCAAGGUCCCAGAUACAGUUCCCAUUAAGGAUGAAGGAGGAAUGUCUAGAGGUCAAGCGGAAGAGAACAUGCAGAAUGGGCCUGAUAUAUCAGCUUCUUCAACGAGUGCAGGGAAAUCACUCUUCAGUGGACCCAGAAAGAUAGGGAGGGUCCUCAGGGCAGUAACCAAAGGAGAAAUUGCAAUUGGGAAAUCUGACAAUGGAAGAAACAUCAAUUCAGCAGGUGAAACCCAAAGUCUGCAUAAUGACAAGCCUGCUCCUUAUUCAGACAGGGGGAGCACUCAUUCACUGGGCAGUAAUGAUGCGGAGAUCAUACCAGGUAACUUGAAAGGCACAGUGGUUCCAGCAAACCGGAGUAAUGUGUCCACUCCAGUUCAUCAGAGAUCACCAGCACCCAGCACGCGUGGCAUGACUCCAGAUUACAGCAAGGAAGCUGAUUUAGGAAAUGGCACUUCUAUGUCAGGAAGUGAAAGUAUACCUGAAAACUUAGUGAAGAGGCAUUGCAGAAAGACAUCUGGAACACCUUCAAUAGCAGUUUCUAGGGUUUCUCUCUCAUCAGAUCGCAGUAGGUCUGAGAUAGAUUUGAGUGAAUCGUUCUCAGAAGGAAAUGAAGAUACUUUAAGCUUAAGAAGCAAAUCUGUACCUGGAGAUUUGGACCAGGACCUGGAUUACCUGGAUGUGACAGAGGAAGAUAUUGAUGACAUUGCCUCUCAUUACUCAAGGAAGCGUGGACAUUUGUCAAGUGCAUUAUCAGCAAAUUCUCCUACAGGCUCUGACAGGAAGUGGACCUACUUAAAUGUGCCUGAAGCAGAUGGGGAUACUACUAGCAUUAACAGCCUGAUGAGUGUUUAUAGUGAAACUGGGGACUAUGGCAACGUGAAGGUCAGUGGGGAAAUACUUCUUCACAUCAGCUACAGCUACAAAACAGGUGCCCUCAACAUCCUUGUUAAAAGCUGCAGAAACCUGGCCAUAGCAGAUGAAAAGAAGCAAAGGACAGAUCCUUAUGUCAAAGCAUACCUCCUGCCUGACAAGUCCCGCCAAAGUAAACGCAAGACCAAAAUCAAAAGUAACAGCACCAAUCCAGAGUUUAAUGAAACACUAAAGUACGUGAUCAGUCAUACACAGCUAGAGACCAGGACCUUACAGCUGUCUGUGUGGCACUAUGACAGAUUUGGUCGCAACAGCUUUCUUGGGGAGGUGGAUAUCCCCCUUGACUCCUGGAACUUUGAAAGUCAGACUGAUGAAUGGUUUGUGCUCCAACCCAAGGUGGAGAUUGCAGCAGACGUUGGACUUCAGUAUAAAGGAGAGCUGACUGUUGUUUUACGUUACAUUCCCCCAGAGAGAAACUUAAUGCUUCCGCUAGGACAGUUCCAAGGAAAGAAGAGCUUAAAAAAAGGAAAGAAAAGUGACUCUCAUUUGCCAUCUGGAGGUAUAUUGGAGGUCCUGGUUAAGGAAGCCAAGAAUUUAACAGCUGUGAAGUCAGGAGGCUCAUCUGACACAUUUGUGAAAGGAUAUCUGCUCCCAGAUAACAGUAAAGCAACAAAACAUAAAACUCCAAUAAUAAAAAGGAGUGUGAACCCCCACUGGAAUCACACCUUUACUUUCAGUGGCCUGAACCCCAGGGACAUUCACAACAUCUGCCUGGAACUGACCGUUUGGGACAAAGAGUCGUUGUCAAGUAACAUCUUCCUGGGUGGUGUCCGCUUGAGUACUGGACUUGGCUUAAGUAAUGGCAAGGAAGUUGACUGGAUGGAUUCUCAAGGGGAAGAGCAGCACCUUUGGCUAAAGAUGAUUGACAAUCCUGGAACUUCUGUAGAAGGCAUGUUAAUGCUGAGAUCCAGCAUGGGAAAACGCAGACUCUGAGAGGAAACAGCCUGCAGCGAGGACAGGGUUCUGCUGCUUUGAUGACAUGACUCUUAACAACCACUGGCUAGCACAAGUACACCUGAAUUUAGUGGAUUUAUCUAUUGUAACUUUGCACAACUGAAAGUGAGGAAGAAAGACUUUUUUUUUUACCUUGGAUUUUUAGAGUUGUAUUAUAAUGCAUUCUGCACUUUCAUGCAUCCAUCUUUUUCAUCUUAUACCUUUUCCGUACUGAAAAUUCCUCCUGAAGUCAGUGAGGAUCUUGUCUCCAUACAGUGUGCCUCUCUACGAGACACUGUCACCAUAGCAAUGAGCUCCUGCACCGUAGCUUGUUGCUAUGGCGAUGCAACUUUGCUGGGCA